AUGAGCGUCACAAACACUCCCAAAGUUGUGAUGCUCCGUGUUGGCGAACGAACAUUUCACACAACUGCUGAGACCUUGACUGAGAGAAGCGACUACUUCAAGGCCUACUUCUCAGGGAAAUGGACAAUUCCAACCAUGGAAGACGGGUCCAUCUUUAUCGACGCUGACGGCGAGGCGUUUGAACAUGUCAUUCGGUAUCUUCGACGAGGAGUCUUCCCACUGGCAUUUGAUGCAGCAAAAGGACACAACUAUCACCUGUACACGAGUAUCCUGGAGGAGGCAAUAUACUUCCAGUGUCACCGUCUAGUUACUUGGCUCAAGGACCAAUGUUAUCACAAAUGUGUAACCUGGCAUACCUCCGUGAAGGAAGUCGAAGGGGAAGUCGAAGGGGAGACAAUGGCCGUAAUGGGAGAUGGAAGUUCCAGGGCUAUGUCCAUUGUGCGAGCUGCUACCAAAGAAAAGAAAACCUACGUCUGCCCACGUGAAAUAUUUUCACAUUACGGGCAGAAGUGGAAGUGUGGACGUCAGUGUCACAAUGCACAGGCUGGCGAAGAUAUCAAGUAUGAUGUCGAACAUAUACCAUUAUGGCACAUACUGAAAACAGAGCAUAAUUUCAAUAAUGAGUGGAUGACGGACGACGGGUAA